UCUUCCUUCCUUUCUUUCUUUUUUUCUUUCUAGGCCACAGGAGAAUGCAUGGCGACCAUAGGGAAGAAAGGGAAUAUGGAAUUCUCCGUGGCUAACCAGACCUGCCACAUUACUCCAGCGGAGGGCCCUGUGGUGACCUCCCAGUAUGAAUGCUAUGGCUGCCUGCACCCCAUAUCGACUGUCCCUCCGGACUUCGACCCUGUUCUGAGACAUGCCAUAGAACAUUUUAACAACCACACUAAUCAUUCCCACCUCUUUGCUCUUAAAGAAGUAAAAAGGGCACAGAGACAGGUGGUGUCUGGGUGGAACUAUGAAGUUACUUACUUAAUUCUGCAAACUAAUUGUUCCAAGGAGAAUUUUAAAUUCUUAACCCAAGACUGCAAGGCCCUCUCCAAAGGUGAUGGUGGUCAAUGUACAGAUCUUGCAUAUGUGGAUCCUCAGCUAAGAAUUGCUUCCUUCUCACAGAAGUGUUGGAUUUUACCAGAGUUUUUAUCACCAUUUACCUUCAGUUGCCGUGGCUGCCCCGAAGAGAUACCCGUCGACAGUCCUGAUCUGAAGGAGGCUCUGAAUCAUUCCAUUACAAAGCUUAAUGCAGCGAAUAAUGCAAGUUUCUAUUUCAAGAUUGACAUUGUGCACAGAGCAACAUCACAGGUGGUGGGUGGAGCAAAAUAUUUUAUUGAAUUUACGGCCAGAGAAACCACAUGUUCCAAAGAAAGUAAUAAAGAGUUGAACGAAAGUUGUGAGAUCAAUAAACUUGGAGAAAUUUUAAGAUGCACUGCUGAUGUUUAUGAGAGAUCUUGGGAGAAUAUAAUUGAAUCUACUGUGAAAUGUCAAUCACCAGGAAAGGAGCAACUAAGAAAUUGCGUAUACAGAGGCCGACCUUGGGAGGCAAGGGCAGAGCCAACAUCUGAGAGUGUGGCCUCUUGACCAGUGGACAGAAUCUCCACGCCUGGCACAAUAGCCCCAGCAACCUGUCAGCAGCCCUGAAUGGAAGGACAAGAAGAUGGGAUAGUGUCAAUAGAGAAGAAUGCCACUUCAUCAUUCUGUUUUUGGGUGAAAUAAAGUUUGAUCUUAAUGUUCUCA